AUGUGGUCAAGAUUUGUUGGCCAACUCAAAAAUGCUAAUCAACAACCUCUUGCCUCAUUGUUUGGUACAUCAACAACACCACAAUCCGCUUCCUCAGCCUCAAGGAUACCUACAAAACCUUAUAUGAGAAGAAAGUCUAUCACUGGCUCUUCAAAAGAUCCACGACUAUUAGAGAGAAGGCGGAAAAGUACUUUGUUAGGGAAUUUACCAGAGAAUUUUUCAGAGCAAGAGCUUACACCGAAAAUAAUUCCUGCUGAACAAUUACAAGAUCUACAUUCAUACUUUGAUAAAUGGGAGAAUUCUACAGUUGACGAGGAACGUGACAUGUUUUUUAUUGUAAUGUGUAAGCAAUUUUCUGAUAUUUACGCUGAACUUCCAGAAUUUAUCAAAGAAAGUCCGGAGAAUUUAAACAAUUUCACCGAUGCAGCUUCAAAACAAUUGAUUUACAAUAUAUGUUGCAAUUCAGAAAUAAAAGAUGAUUUGAUAAAUAUUAAGGAAUGUAAUGAGGUUAUGAAAUUAUUGACAGACAAAAACCAGCAAUUUUAUACACUCAAGACAAUUAGUAUAUUGUGUAGAGGCCCACGAUAUUUACUUGAAAUAAUGAUUGAAAAUCAACUACCCGAGGCUUUGAUAAAAACAUUUUAUAAUUGUCUUCAAUUUCUGCCAUUAAAAGAUUCAAAUUUAAUUGAAAAUGCCGAUAACAAAGAUUUAUCAAAGUCAAAAUCACCUUGGAUAGUUGUAUCAGAUAUAUUAGCCGAUAUUAUUGUUAAUUUUGUAACUAAUGAAAAAAUAUUAAAUAUAUUGAUUGAAAAAGAUUUAUUGUUUUUAUUAGUAAACAUGAUAUUGUCACCAAAUAAUGAUCUAUCAGAUGACAAUCAACAAAAAAAUAUAUGGCAUGAUAGAUCUCUUGAAAUCCUUACCGACCUUUUUGCGUCCACUGUCGUCAAUAUGAAACUUUUAAAACAUUUUCAAAAUAAGGAUAUUUUAGGAAAAAUCUUUAAAAUUAUAAAUAACAGUUUAGAUCUUGAAAAUUUUAAAUUCAAAGAUACCCAACAAUUAUUAUACGCUUGUUUUUUGCUUGUUGAAUUAUUGCAGGGAACUUAUGACAUUUCAUCUGUUUUCUUGGAAGAAUUUUACAAGAUGAACGGUUAUGAAGCUUUUUUUUAUUUACUUGUAUUACCUCCAUUUGAAGAAUCGAAUGUUGAAACUAAAGAUACAUUAAUAACUAUGGUUGAAGAUUUAGUUUUUGCUGGUGUAUCUGAACUAAAACCUAUCAUACCACACGGAACACCAUACCAACACAGUGAUUUCGAGUUGCCUACCCCAAAUGAAGAUGAUGGAACGCUUUUUCGUAAUGAAAAGGCACUUCAAGUUUUAGCAUCAACACUUUUAUAUCCAGAUAAUAGUUUGUCACCAUUUCAAACAAGGAUAGAAAUAUCAGAUUCUAUUGAUAUUCCAGACUUGUUUCGUCAAAAAAUAGUUGUUGCAAUUGCUGAAAUUUUCAAAUCAAAUUCAUUGAAUUAUUUUCUUACUGAAUCCUUAAAUAUAUUACCAACUUUGAUUGAAAAACUGGAUAAUUUUUCUCCAAAAGUUCAGAGAUCAAUUCUAGACCUAUUGGUCUUUGUUAUGGUUGAUUUGAAUUAUGUGCCUUUCCGAGAACUAGUUGUAUUGUCUCUUCAUUUUCAAGGACAAUCUUUGAAACAUACAACUGCAAUUGCAUGCGAGACUGUGAUUUCUUUAUUACAAUUUGCGUCAAAGUUUAAAGAUGUCUUUAGAGAAAUAGGACUGUUAAAUAUGUUAUGCAGUCUUCUUCAAGAACUGGCAACCACUUUACAAGAUCAAUUUGGAAAUCCACAAUUUAUGAAAAGAAUAUCAAUAUCACAUUUUAAUGACUUUAUGGAACAGAAAAACAAAAUAAAAAAUCGUUUUGGAUCUGAAGUAAUUGAAAAUUUUCAAUUGAUAUCAGAAUGCUUGGUAGAGCUAUUGAAAAAUAAUAAUGCAAAUUUGACCUUAUUUGGUACUGCUUAUAAAGGCAAUUUAUUUGACUUACUACAUUAUGAUGAAACUCGUGAUGGGGCAUUAGGGAUUUUUGAAACGUUAGUUGUUCAAAGUUAUGUACAAUUCAAUGCAGAGCCACAAACACCAAAGCAAACUAUUUCAAGAAUUUCAAUAUCGUCAAUAUCUACCAUUGAUCAUUCUUUUCAAUUUGGAAGACUUGUAGAAAUUGUCCAAUCUCUUUCCAGAUUCGAUUUAAAAAUGAAAAAGCAUAUCUUAUGGUCAAUGAAGCGUAUAUUAAUCGCGUGUCCUGAAAUGAAGGAUGUUUUUCGUGAGAAUGGCGGCUUUGUGUGUCUUGUUAGUUUAUUAGUUGGAUUAGAAGAUGUCUACAAAAAAUUUUCUUUAAACACUUCUGAUGGCAAAAUGAAUAGCAAUAAUAAUAAUACUUUAAAAGGACAAAAUUACGAACCAUGCGAAUUUCCAACAAAAAUUCAAGCAGUAGAUACAUUAAAGGCAAUUUUUUCACUUUUUGCAGAGGCAAUGUCAAGACAUGAUUUCAAUCGAACCUUUUUCGGCAAGACUAUUGGAUAUAAAUCAGUAGAAGAUGCCAUAUGCCUCACUGGAAUUCUUGAACCUACCGGAUCCCCAAAUGAAUUUUUUGGAAUAAUUUUUGGAUUUGCUCUUGAAGAUGAUUUUGUUCAUGAAAUCUUUGUUGAAAGAGAGCCUGAAGAUAUUCAACAAGUUGCUGAUGACAAGUCAAGCCAAAUCACUAAAUUAUUAGGUAACAUGACAGAAGAAAUAAAAAAUCCAGAUGUUAUAACUACAAUUCUUAGGUUACAAUCACUUGUAAGGUAUAACUCAAAGCUUAAUUGUCAAAUUUAUGAUGCGCUAUUGGCUCUUGCCUUUGCUAAUCGAAGGAACCAGAUUAUGAUGAAUCAAUAUGAAAAUAAAUAUCUGACCAAGUUGGCACAAAGAUUGAUUGAAAUGGGUGUUACCACUAAGGAAAUACGAUUUUUGUUUGAACAAUUUAAAAAUGGAAAUAAUUUACCAGAAGAAAUCCAUAUAGAUUUACAAGGUUCAUUCAUGAAUGUAUUGGAUAUGGUUCUUUUUGGGGUACAAAGGAGUCGAUGGCCACGUUUUAUUCAAUUUGAUAUGUCACAAUAUGGUUAUUCUUGUUUUGAAAUGAGUAGCCUAACUGAUAGGCAAUUUCCGCCUACUAAUGGUGGUUAUACUUUCAUGAGUUGGCUUGAUAUAGAGAAUUUUGAUUCGAAAGUUGAUUUAUCACUUUUGGGUUUAAGUGAUGAUGAAAAAAGAUGUUAUUUGCAUGUUUUUUUUGAGUCAAGCUCCCAUAAACUUGUUGUUCAGACUUCUCCUAAACAUGCAACUAAAUUUGAUAGUUAUGAAUUUCGAACUGGCUGUUGGUAUCAUAUAGCGUUAGUGCAUAAUAAGUCACGUUUAGGAGCUCCAGCCGCGAUGUCUUUGUAUGUGGAUGGACGAUAUGUUGAGAUGAUAAAAUGUUCAUAUCCAACACAGCCUAUCACAAAUAAAUCUAUAAGGGUUUUUAUUGGAACACCCAAAGAUUACGCACAACAAUUAGGAAAAGGGUUGGCACGACUAGCUUGGGAUCUUGGGCCAUGUUAUUUAUUCGAAGAUGAUUUGGACGGUGAUAUUAUUAGUGUCUAUUACCAUCUUGGCCCUCGUUAUUGCUCAAAUUUCCAAGAUUCGCUUGGCCAAUUUCAAACCUACCAAACUUCAACUUUGUUAAAUAUGAGACUUGAAGCCCUAAGUCGUCAGCGCAAAGAUACUAGUGUAGAGUUAGAACAUUCAGCCAUAGUAAAUGCUAUUCGAGGUAACAAUAGUCAAACUCUACCUGAAGAAAAAAUUAUUUUUGCUUAUAAUGCAAGUAAUGUGCUUGUAUGUGGUCAAAAUGCUAGUAUUCUUGGAUCAGGCUUAUCUGGAGGAACUUCUCAAGCAUUAGUACUCGGAACUGCGAAUACAAAAGUUAUUUUAAAUGCUUCCGUUCCAAAGGUUGAACGUGCUUUAAGAGUUCUUCAUGGCGUUGGAUAUUUGCAAGGCGAUCCAGUUACAGCUAUUCCUUAUGGAAUGGAUGAUUCAAUUUGGAAGAUUGGAGGCUCCGCUAUAGCUUUAAGAUUAAUAGAUCUGGCCGAGACAACAACAGAUCUUUAUAAAACUGUUUGCAUUCUUAUUGAGUUGAUUCGAUUCAGUUGGAGGAAUUCAGAAGAUAUGGAAAGGAUUCAUGGUUAUGAAAUUUUGGCAUAUUUAUUAAAACAAAAACAAGGGCUUUUGACUUUGGAUCUUUUGAAUUUAUUACUUGUUUUUGUUGGAUUAAAUCCAAUCAAUUUAACGGAUUCAGUUAUUAUUAAUCCUCUUGCUUACCGAUUCCUAUUACUUGAUUUUGAUUUGUGGAAACAUGCUGAUGAGAAAGUGCAAAGAGCACACUUGCAACAGUUUGCUACUUUUAUUCAAUUAAGUCAACAUCAUCAUUUUAAUGCUAAACGUCUUAGCAAAAUGCCUACAUCUCGGCGUACUGGGUGCACUACACCUCAAAAAGAACCUUUAUUUAAGGUAGAAUUAUUUAACUCUGAUCCAGAAGAAAUUUCUAAUUGGAAAAUGCCAUUAAAGUCUAUCGUAACUGAUGCUAAAACAGUUUUGGUUGAAACGCAACUAAAACAAAUUGGUGUAAUGGUCAUGGAAAUGAUCACAGAAAUUGUCUGUGACAAGCUUAAUCCUUUCUAUGUCAAUAAGUUUGCUACAACAAUCACAAACAAAUGGUCUUUGCUUUUUUUUGAUGUAGAUUCAAAUCCUCUUUGGGUUGUUUGUGCAGCUAGAAUUUUAGCAAGACUUUUUCAUUCUCAAGGAAUUGCUUACAUUUCAAAAUUUAAAACUGCUUCAGGAGGAUUUAUAGUUAUGCAAAAGCUUCUUCCUCAAUGGUGGAAUCUUACACAAUUAAAUCAAGUAUUAUUUGCUAUGCUUUUUGGUGUAGAUAUUUGUGAUGUUCCGUUUGAUGCACCAUUUGAUCUUUUCACUCUUCUGAAUUUGUUUAAAGGCAAAGAUGAUACAAUACAUAUAGUUUGUCCUGAAGUUUUACCAAUCAUUUUACUUAUUAUGAAAGAGGGAAUGGAUUCGUUCGUUUACUUAAGUUAUCAGACUGAAAAAGACACUAAGGCAAAGGGCAUCACAAAAGACGAUACUGAAUUAGAAAAAACUAAAACAGAACCUAAAACUCACAGGCGACGUUCACGAUCAAUUUCAGGUGAAAUCCAAACUAAGAGUGAUGAAAUAAUUCAAGUCGAGAUACCAAAUGAUCAUACGAAAGAAGCUUUAUCAAAAUUAUCCAAUAUGCAACAAACUCUUAUACAUUUUUUCACUGACCUAUAUAAUAAUUCGCCAGAAUUCAAUGAAUUAUGUUAUAAAAGUGAAGUUAUGGGUGGUUUCGUUGAUAUUUUAUUUCAUAUAAUAUGCUCUUGUGAUGAAAUUUUAGUAGAUGACGAAUUACAUUCAAAGAAACUUGGGCUUACUUUUGAUGCAGAUGCAGCUUUUGAAAACUAUGCAAAUAUUGGGUCCACAGGGGUACUUCCAGUGCUUACAAGCAUCUCACGUCAAUCAACAGAAAGUUUUGAAAAAGAGCUUCAAGAAGAAUUGAAAUCGAUUCCAUCGAAGAAUUCUCAUUUGAGUGUUGUUUCUGACAUGAUUACAAUCAGUCCAUCUUCAUCACCAUUUAAUCUUAGUCCUGCUCAAAGUGAUACAGAUGAUGAAACUGUAAAUUCAUAUAAUAUUCCAAAAAUGCCACUUAAAUCUAAAUUCAAGUUUCCUAUAUAUGCUGAAAAUAAAAAUUCAACGGUGGAAAGCCUUCUUGAGUUUAUUGCUUCAAUUUGCGUAAAUUCUAUUAUUGAACUAAAGUCCAAAGCCUUAGCUGGGUUAGAAAUAGUUUUAAGAUCUUUUCCUCCAUCAUAUUUAGACAAUCAGAUCCAAUUUGAAAGUUACAUUUUGUCACAUAUUGCAGGAACUUUAAAAAGUACGCUACAACUCGAUAUUAAUUUAUUGGAUAAUCAAACUGUUAUAUCGAAUGUUUCCAAGUUUGGACAAAUAAGCGUGGAUGCUAUUUACCAAGGAUGGUUUUUAAAUGGUCGAAAUCAAGUUUAUGAUGUGAUAACCAUUGUUCUUGAGGGGAUACAACAGAAUGAAGAUACUAAUGGAAGACGGAUAAAUGAUCCAUGCAUUUCAUCUUUAUAUCGCUCAUUAAAUCGCCUAAUUUUAUUCAAGUUAUCUGAACUAGAUCAAACUUCUAAUGAUGGCAAUAUCAUUAAUGAAAUGUUGGAGAAGUUGAUUUAUAAUCAAAAAAUCAUUUUUGGUCCAUAUAAUCCUGAUGUUUGGAAACUUUUGAUGCUUCAAAAACCUAUAGAAAUGUCAGGAAUUUUAAAAACACGUGUUAAAGGAAUAGAACAUAAAGAAUUACUUGAAGGAUUUUGGAAACUUUUAGAGAUGGAUGUUAAUUCGUUUUAUGAAUGGAUCGAAUCUAAAAAAACUCAAUUGGAUGUAUUAUUUUUAGAGAAUGUUUAUAAAACCUGGGAAUCUCAUGUUAUAUUUGAAACAAAAAACAGUAAAGAUGCUAUUAGGAAUUCUCAUUCAAAACGAAUGAAUAAAUUGAAAAGAAUGCAUAAAAAAUUUUUAUUUGAACAAGAUUUCUUUGAUCAAUAUUGUAUAAAAACAAAAAUGUGGUCAAAACAUAUUCAAGAUAUUGAGACAAGUCGAUAUUAUAGGUCAAUUCAAGACAAUAUUGAUCAUUACAAUUAUGUUAGAGAUGAGUGGAUAAAAACAUCAGCCGACCUAUUUCGAGAAAGAGCGCUAUGGGGACCAAAAGCAUCUAAUAAUCAUGCAAAAUGGAGGUUGGAUUUUACAGAAGGACGUUGCCGAAUGCGUAAAAAGUUAGAACAUAACAAUGAAGAUUUGAAAUUGUAUUCUUAUAAACCAAAAAUCUCUGGCAACUCAAUAAUGAAUAGUCCCAAUAAAUCAUCGACAAAUUUGGAAGUUCCCAGUAUACGUAAUAAGAGAGCAAAAUCACCAGAGCGUCAAAUGACUCUUACACCUGCAAGUGAAGUGGAGGUUCCUGUAGAUGGUGUAGAAUCUGUUGACAAUAGUUAUACAGGAUCUCAGGCUGAAAUUGAUGAAGAAACAGCUUUUGAGGAAGACAAAAAUCGUAAAGUUUUAAGAUCAUUGGAACAUAAUGAUGCAGUUUUAGAUAUAUUUAACAUUAGCCGAAUUAAUGGCUUAGACGCAUGUGGCAAGUGUUUGUCAGACGGGGAGAUUGUGGAUAUUUGGGAUGCGCCUAUUAAAGAAAGGGAUCAAUAUGUACAAAUGCUUGCAUCACAUGCAGGUUAUGGUAGUAAUCCAACAGCAAAUCCUAAACCAAAAAAACACAAAAGUCGAAAAUGGUAUUUGUUCUAUUUUAAAAGAGAUAUUGCAUAUAAUAAACUUGUGGCAAGAGCUACGUUUUCGAUUAGUGGUUCUGAAUCUGUAAUAGGAACAACAGGAAAUCUUGAUGUUGGGUCACCUGCAACUCCUUUAAUAAGCCCACCAUCUGCCUUGUCAUUCAAGUUACCUAGUUUCUUUGCAAACUCUUCUCUAGCAGAGUUAACUUCAAGGUGGGAAAAAAGAGAGAUUUCUAAUUUUCAGUAUUUAAUGCACUUAAAUACUAUAGCUGGAAGAUCUUAUAAUGAUCUUACCCAAUAUCCUGUUUUCCCCUGGAUCCUUGCUGAUUACACUAGUGAAGAAGAAUUUCAAAUUCGAUAUCGUUCAUUUGACCCUACUGCAAACGCGACAACUCCAGCAUUUCAUUAUGGAACACAUUAUUCAUCUGCAAUGAUUGUAUGCUCAUAUUUAAUUAGACUUGAGCCAUUUACUCAACAAUAUUUAAAGCUUCAGGGUGGGCAUUUUGACCACGCUGAUAGGUUAUUUCAUUCAAUUUCCAAAGCAUGGUCGUCUGCAACUCGGGAUAACAUGAGUGAUGUUAAAGAAUUGAUCCCAGAAUUUUUUUAUCUUCCCGAUUUUUUGGAGAAUACAAAUAAAUUCAAUUUUGGUGUUAAACAAGCAACUGGUGAAGUUAUUGAUUCUGUGAUCCUUCCACCAUGGGCGGAUUGUGAUCCUAAAAUUUUUAUACAUAAACACCGUCAGGCUCUUGAAUGUGAAUAUGUUAGUACACAUAUUCAUGAAUGGAUAGAUUUAGUAUUUGGAUACAAACAGCAAGGACCUGCGGCUGUUGAAGCUGUUAAUGUAUUUCAUCAUCUUUCAUAUGAAGGCGCAAUAGAUUUGGACUCAAUAACUGAUCCUGUUGAGCGUUCAGCAACAACUGGAAUUAUCCAUAAUUUUGGCCAAACACCACGUCAGUUAUUUGUCAAACCUCAUCCAGCAAGGCAAACUCUGACUAACGACCCGAUUAUGUGUAAUGGACUUUAUAAAUUCCAGGAUAAUGUUGAAAAAUUAAUUCAAUCCAUGUAUCCACUUCAAGAUAUUCGAUUACAAGUCCGUGAAAUGCGUCUAUCAAAUGAACGUUUGAUUGUUGUAAGCACACAAAAGGUAUUAGUUCCGCCAAACUACACACAUUACGUCGAAUGGGGAUAUGCUGAUAAUAGUCUUCGACUUCACCAAACUGACACAAGAAAGUUAAUAGGACUAUAUGAAAAUCUUCAUUUAGAGACUAUAAGUUGUGCUUGUUUUGCUGAUGGAAGGACAUUUAUAACCGGUGGUACUGAUGCGGUUAUUUGUAUUUGGAGGCUUAAAUGGUUAACAAAAGCACCAGAAUUUCGAUUUAUGGAGUGUCUAAGAGGGCAUUCAGCAAAGAUAAACUGCGUAGCAGUUUCAAGGUCUUAUAGUAUUAUUGUCAGUGGUUCAGAUGAUAUGAGUUGUAUAAUAUGGGAUUUAAACAGAAUGAAAUAUAUCAGGCAAUUAAAAAAUCAUGAAAUAGGAGUUCAGUUUGUCGCAAUAAAUGAUACAACAGGUGAUAUUGUUACAUGUAGUGGUUCGGUUAUUCGUAUAUGGACUAUCAAUGGUGAUCUUUAUGUAGAAAAAAGCAUAUCACAAUUUGCAGAUCCUAUUCAGUGUUGUAUAUUUUAUGAGGGUAAACAUAAUGAAUGGUUGUAUGAAGAUUUAAUUUUCACAGGACAUAAAAAAGGUGUAAUAAAGGUUUGGAAUAAGAGUUUGGUGCCAAAAACAACUUCUAAAAAUGAGCAAAAAGGUCUGAAAUGGGAUUUAACUUUGAGGCAUCAAUUAAAACACGAAAACAGAUUUGGGCCAUCAACAACUACUAAUGUUGCUUCUUUAAUGGUUUCUGGAACUCAAAGAGUACUUUAUAGUGGAGAUUCUUCAGGAAAAGUAAAUUCUUGGGUGCUGCCUGAUGUGAAGAUUGAAAAUCACUGGAUGUCUGAUAGUAUAACAGACAAUUGUUUGACGUGCGGAAUGAGAUUUGCUGUAUUAGAACGGAAAAUUCGGUGUAAAACUUGUGGAGGAAUUUUUUGUUCAAGUUGUACACAACCUUGGUCAGAUAGAAGUUCUAGAUUUUGUGAAUAUUGUUGUGAUAAAUUGGGAAUUUUAUUUGAAAAAUCUUAA